AUGCCAGCAAGAGGAAAUCUUUCUUACGUUCAUGACUUCUCUGAUUACUCCGCUACCAAGAUUGUAUUGGAUCAUUAUGCUAAGGAAGAGAAGCGUUUGCAGGAAAAGGAACCGUCCGUUGUCCCGCUCACUUUGGGAAGACAAAGAAAAUCUUCUGCUCCGUUCUCGGAUGAUCCUGUUGUACCAUCUACCACAUCCUCUAGUUCAAGCACGGUUCGGCAGCAUACCUUUAAAGAAGAUGUUGUUGGAAUGCCCGCUUUCUGA